UGUAACCUCUCCCAUUGCUGCUGCUCUCUCUCUUGAUUCAUUCAAUCAAUCGAUUAAUCAAUCAUGGGUAAGGUCCACGGUUCGUUGGCACGUGCCGGUAAGGUGAGAGGGCAGACGCCCAAGGUUGCGAAGCAGGACAAGAAGAAGAAGCCGCGCGGCCGAGCUCACAAGCGGAUGCAGUACAAUCGCCGUUUCGUCACCGCCGUUGUUGGCUUUGGAAAGAAGAGGGGACCGAAUUCAUCUGAGAAGUAAUUGGUGAAGAGAUUUUUAUUGGUUUGAUUUCAUCAUGUAGUAUUGUUAUUUACUUUGUCCUAUCAUUUUGAAUAUAAAGAUUGGAUUUUUAUUUCUA